UUUGUUAACUGUCAAGGAAGGGACAUUUCUGUGUUGUUAAUGCUUCGCUCAGUAAGUUUUUAAAAGCUUUUAAUACAUUUUCGCUGUAGAUAAUUGCUUGCUUUACAAUGCAAAAGUCCAAAUUGAUCUGAGGAGCAAAACAUGGAUAUUGUUAAGGUCAGAAUUGGAGACAGUGUCUUUGAAACCAAAAAAUCUUUGUUGCUAAGAGAAUGCGAGUACUUCCAGGCACUUUACAGAUCAGGGAUGGUAGAGUGCCAUCAAGAAGAAAUUCACGUGAAGGAUCUCCACGCUCAAGGGUUUUUAAUCAUGCUGGCGGUGGCCGGCGGCGAGAGACCUACUCUGAAUGACGAUGAGAUCUUGGAAGCCAUUGAAUGUGCUGCAUUCUUCCAGGCAGAACCUCUCACCAAGCAUCUCCAGGAUCUUCUCAGCUCCGACAAUUGCCUACUUAUGUAUCAAGCAUCAGCCACCUAUGGGUUAUGGAGACUCCAUGAGACAUCAGCAAAGUUCAUUCGUGAUAUAUACGGCGACCUACGAGAAGAGUUGAAGGACCUCCCUCAGGAUCUGAUUGAAUAUGUAGAGUCUCAGGUUCCUAGGUCGUUUGUGGCUGUGGGUUCACACACUUCUUGUACAGCCGAUGAACUUCCUUUAGCUGCCACAAGGACGGUAUGUUAUCUUGAUGAAGAUGACAGAGAUUGGAAGGUCCUUACUACCCUGCCCAUGGAGGCUAGUACUUCUUUGGCAGGUGUGACCGUUUUGGACAACAGACUUUACAUUGUUGGCGGUGUGCACGGCGUGGAUAAGAGUGGUGUUGAUGCUAGCUUUUGCUACGAUGUUGUUGCGGACACUUGGAAGUUUCUUCCUGGUCCAAGACAGCCGAGAUACAACUUCACCCUGAUCGGUUUGGAAGGUUGCCUCUAUGCCAUUGGAGGAGAGUCAUCCAGAACCACUAUGUCCUCGGUCGAAAAAUACAACGUCAGUACAAAUGAGUGGUCAUUCACAGCGCAUUUACCGAGACCGGUAGCUGGUGUAGCAUGCACCAAGGCCAUGAGCCGGAUUUUUAUUUGUCUGUGGAAGCCAAUGGAGACCAAUGAAAUCUACGAAUACAUCCCAGAUAAGGACGCAUGGGUUCUAGUCAGUAAACUGUUGAAGCACCAAAGCUACGGACACUGCAUGGUGGCACACAAUGACAACCUCUACCUUAUACGCAACGGACCCAAGGAUGACUUCCUAAGAUGUUUGAUAGACUGUUACAACAUCACCACUGGUCAAUGGACUACUAUGCCUGGUCAUUAUGGCAACAGCAAAGGGGCACUGUUUACGUCGGUAGUGAGGGGAGAUUCUGUGUUCACACUAAACCGUACCAUGACUCUAGAGUACAAUGUUGCAGGAAACAUGUGGAAACCUCGUAACCAGAUGAAGGGGUUUCCGAGAAAUGGAUCCGUGUGGACUUUUCUACUAAGGAUUUCAAAUGAAAGGAAAAGUGUUGUGAUGUCUUAA